AUGGGAAAUCAAAAUGACUGUCAUGGUGACAUUGGUAAUGACAGCAUCAAGGGUUUUUGUGAGGUCAUUAGCAAAAUGGUGAAAGAGAUUAGUGACUUGAAGACUGACCUCAAUGUGAUAAAAAAGGCUACUAUGUGCAAGAAGCCUCUCUCUGAAAAUGUAAAAGAAAUAAUGGUUGCUAUUAACAAGGUUGAAGCAGUUGAGGCCAUGGUUAGUAAAAUUCUAGAAAUGGAAAAGAAGGUGAAGGAGCUAGAAGGCAAUAGAGAUGCUAAGGGUCUGGAUACUAACCUAAACAAUCUGGUCAACGGAGUGGAUAGGAUGGAGCUUACUGCCAUAGCCUCAGCUAUUUUCUAUGUGAAGGUGGGUAUACAUGCAGCUGUUGCGGAAAGGAUGGCCGUCGUCAUGGGUAUAGACGGUUGUGGAAAGAGAGGGCAUGGGAACGGCUAUAGGUGCGCUGCUUGCAAUUUUGAUCUGCAUGAAUGCUGCACCACGGCUCCUCGAGUUUUGCACCACAGUUUCCAUGGUGCUAACGGAAUCUGGGUCCAAUUCCAAAAGCGACCUCCCGGUGAAAGUCAGAUGCGUUGCUCCGACUGUGCACAAAUUGUGUCAGGAUUCGGCUACUAUUGCUUAAGCGGUUCAUGUGGGUACGCUCUGCACCCCACCUGUGCAUUGCUUCUCCGACCGCAAACCCAAGUUGAAGUAGCCCCUACACGCCCUACCCAAGUUGAAACACCUCCUCCGCCACCAGAAAAACAUCAUCAUCAUAGGGGUGCCGCAAUGGCUUUCCGCGGCGUUAAGUUUCUGGGAAAGCUGGCAGUUGGAGCGAUUACGGGAGACCCCACAAGUAUUGGAGGCGCCUUGGCUGACUUGUUUUUAUCUGAUUAAGUGGGAGAUUUUCAGACGAUCUGAAAUACGACUUGUCCCUUUGGAGUCACGGCAGAAGAUCAAGCUUAUUGCUAGAAUACAUCUAUCUAGAAUAGA